AUGGUCGGACGCUGUGAUUGGCUGAUGCGGGGAGGUCACAUGACCCGAGUGCACGGGAAGAUGGCGGAGCAGGCGGGCGCCUCGCCCGAGGACCCCUGGGGGAAGGUGGAUUCUGCAUACAGCGACAGUGGACUGGAUCCCUCGCUCUUUGUGGAAAGCACUAGGAAAGGAAGCAUAGUGUCCCGAGCUAACAGCAUUGGCUCCACCAGUGCCUCCUCAGUCCCCAAUACAGAUGACGAAGACAGCGAUUAUCACCAGGAAACCUACAAAGAGUCGUACAAGGACCGGCGCAGACGCGCCCACACCCAGGCUGAGCAGAAGAGACGAGAUGCCAUCAAGAAAGGCUACGAUGACUUGCAGACCAUUGUUCCCACGUGCCAGCAGCAGGACUUCUCCAUUGGCUCCCAGAAACUGAGCAAAGCCAUCGUCCUGCAGAAAACCAUUGACUACAUUCAGUUCCUCCACAAGGAGAAGAAGAAGCAGGAGGAGGAAGUUUCUACCCUCAGGAAAGAUGUCACAGCUUUGAAGAUCAUGAAAGUAAACUAUGAGCAGAUUGUGAAAGCUCAUCAGGAUAAUCCAAAUGAGGGGAAAGACCAGGUCUCUGACCAAGUCAAGUUUAAUGUUUUCCAAGGCAUCAUGGAUUCACUGUUCCAGUCCUUUAAUGCCUCCAUCUCGGUAACAAGUUUUCAGGAACUUUCAGCCUGUGUCUUCAGCUGGAUUGAAGAGCACUGUAAGCCACAGACUCUGCGGGACAUCGUGCUGGGGGUUCUGCAUCAGCUGAAGAAUCAGCUCUAUUGACUCUCUCCCUCCCGUGCCCCAGCAGCACGGGCCUGCGCUCGUCAUCCCCAGUGCUGUGGGGUGCCGCCCAGCAGGGAAACAGACUCCAGGAAGGGCUGGUCUGUUUCCCUCGGGGUUGUUCUUAAAGCUUCUCUCUGGAAUAUUUAUUGUAUUGACCAAAAACCCAAACUGGGCUGUACGUACCUCUCCACAGACCCUGUCGCAGUCUGUAGCACUAGAGGCUGUGAAGGGACUCAGUCAGCAGAGACGGGAGUUUAGAUGUGGAUUAAAUACACUUCUCGUUGCCCCAAAGGAAGGCAGGAGGGGCUCUCACCCAAACUGGCAUGGCAGUGAACGGACCUCGCCUGAGCCCCUGACUCUUGCAAGAGUGACAGUAGCUCAGCUGGUGGGAGGGAUCUGCUUUGUAGCAGUCAGAUUGUCCUGCUCCCUGAGGGGGGGGAAUGGUAUCAUCCUAGCACUGCACAUCUACUGCCUGGUGGGAUGCAUGCCCUGAAAACCACAGAGCCUGGGCGUGAACUGGAGAACAGAUGGAGCACAGGUUCUUUGGUUUCCAGGUAAGCACUUGCUGACAUUGCAGCUACCCAGGCACCUUUCCAUGGGGCAAUGCAGGACGACCUCUCCCCCCCAGAGCUAGUUGCCACAUUAGGAUUAAAGACUUUGGCUGGGCUAUGAACCCUCCUGCACCAGGCAACAAACUGUCCUCUACAAAAGGGGGUUAGGAAGAAGCUUCCCUUGGCACUUCUUUCCCUUCUCCCAUCGCUGCAGGCUUUCUUGCACCUUCCUCUGAAGCAGCUGGUUCUAGUUACUGUCGAGAUGGGUUCUGGACUAGCAAUUCCUAUGUGCCUCAAUCCCGAUCAGCUAGUUCUGCCUAGGGAUGGAAGGCUGCUUGCUUUACUGGUGCAGAAUGACUUUCCAAAAGGCCAUGCAAAGGAAGCUGGUGGGUUGGCCCCUCGCUGCCACAAGGAGAGGCACUUAAUCCCACUGGUGAAGGGACUCUCCCUCUUGUGCAGAUGAUCGUGGCCUCGGCCUUCACUUGAGCCAGCUGCUGACUUGGCCUUUUCGACUCUAGCCGUGUUUCCUAAACAAUUAAACAUGAGUGCAGCUUUCGCUACAGCUUUAUCGGCACAGAGGCUGAUUUCUGUCGGGCUUUAUAUGACUGGGCACUUUCUGAUGAAGUCACACUGUGUGGGAAAGUAGACUAGUGUAGCACAGAGCUGCUGUGAAUUCUAAGUAGACGUCUGCUCUUGUUUAGAACGACAGUUUUAUAUAUAAUAAAGCCUUGAUUUUUAUAAUGCAUUGAAAAAAAAAAAUCACACUAACGUGUUACCAGUUUACGUUUUGCAGACAGCUGCUUGUCUGGGACAAUUUAAAUCAGUGACACCCUGUUUCUUUCCCUGUAGCCCUACAGGUCUAUUAACAGCAGAUGGCAGCUAUCUGCUAAAGCACCAAGGGCAUUUUACUACUCAAACAAGGUGACGCUAUUGGAAUUACCCCAGCAAAGUGACACUCUUACAACAGUAUUUGUCGAUUUUCAAUUAUGUUCCUACCACACCUCUAAAAAUCCCAUGUUAAUGGCUGUUGUGCAUUUCUUUCAGUUUGGGAACGGUAGUUUCUGGGUGCUGGCUGUCUGCCUUUCAAACACUGAAGCAGGGGCAUAAUGUUUCCAUUUAAUCAAGGAAAUAUUCUUGUUGGUCUUGGAUUUUAUAAAACAAAGCACUUCUACAAAGCUUGCAUUGAGUGUCCCUGUCGGUCCAAAUGCAGCAUACAGCCCCAUGGAAGUUCAAGAGUUUGUUUGCAGUGACACGUCCAACUGCUGAAGUGAAUUGCACACAACAGGGGAAGCUACCGCUAGGCCCGUACUCAAGCACAGGCAUGUAACUCUUGUAAGAUGUGGCUUUGCUGUAAGGAAAGCACCUGUUUGCAGAACCAAUAGCCUGUGCUGGUUACUAAUAAGUGGCAUGUGUAUUUCUCAAAGGACAUUGCUUUUUACAGACCUCACUCAGGUGGAAAUGAAAUAUUUUUCUAUCAUGAAAAGUAAUUAUAAUAAAUUUUUGCUAAGCAUUUUAAGGAUUGUCCCCCUCAGUUUGUUUAUUUCUGACACAGAAUCAUUGGGUUUGCUAGGAGAGGUGAUGAGGCAAGGGCCAAUUUUUCAGACGUGACUAGUGAUUUCAGGAUGCCCGGCUUGACCCCUUAGCCAGUGUUAUGGCAGCUGUAUGGGAACGGCCCUCCCCCGCUGCUCAUCCCCCCCGUUAUCUGGGUGCCUGACUCCGACUGGUCUCAAAGCCGUAGUUAAACCAGACUGGAAUGCAAACAAGCUCCCUUUUAUGUGAGCAAAGCGGCCAAGACUCCAGAGAGCAGACGGGAAGCCAGUCUUGCUACGGCCAGGACAUGCAGGGUGAGAAAUAAUUAUGGAAGCAGCAGGGCUAAGAUGAGACACAGUGGUGUUUAAUGAAUCACACUCCUGUAUACAGCAUUACGGCAUGGUAGAUGCUGGGGGAAGCGUUUCCCACCCUCUCUAUUAAAUACACUGAGAUGCUAGUACAUCCCUACACAGUUAAACAACUAGUUUCUUUCCCCUCUCCUAGACGCUCCUUUCCUCCCUUUGCUAGAACAAACUCACCUACUUGUUGGCAAUCCAACACACCCCUAGCCCAGUGGAGAGGCACCAUCCCAACUGCUCAUUGCAACAAAGGAUAAUAAAAACGGGACUCCACUGCAAAUGAGAAUAUGAGGGGCCUGGAGCUGCCUCAACCCCUCUAGCCACCCUCCUGACUGCAAAGCAUUUUAAAACAUAAACAUACAUAAAAGACUCAGGACAAAACCAAGCCCUACAAACAGUGCAAGUUUCAGAAGCGGCUUCUGUUGGGUUCCAGACUGGCCAAUUUUCUCCCCUGGAGCAGUGGCUCCUGUCAGCAACUCAGACAGCCACCGGCAAAGUGACAUUGUAAUCCUCAUCCGUCUCUAUCCCAACUUCCUC